AGAGGGCUUCAAAAUACUGCGAUGAAACUGGAAACUGGUUCCGCCAUCCCGAGAGCAACCGGACUUGGUCCAACUACACCCUGUGCAACUCCUUCACCUCUGAAAAAUUGAAGAUGGCGUUCAUACUUUAUUAUAUGGCGAUCGUUGGCCAUGCUUUGUCUAUAACAUCCCUGAUGAUUUCCUUGGCAAUUUUCUUCUAUUUCAAGAGCCUCAGCUGUCAAAGGAUAACGCUGCAUAAGAAUUUGUUUUUUUCUUACGUGCUCAACUCCAUGUUUACGAUUGCCCACCUGAUUGCGGUUGUGCCUAACCCGGGCCUUGUAAAAAGGGAUCCUGUGAGCUGCAAGGUGCUGCAGUUCUUUCAUCAGUACAUGUUGGGCUGCAACUACUUCUGGAUGCUCUGCGAAGGCAUUUAUCUUCACACGUUGAUUGUGGUGGCGGUGUUUGCUGAGGAGCAGCGUUUGCACUGGUACUAUCUCUUGGGCUGGGCGUUCCCUUUAGUGCCGGCAUCUAUUCAUGCUGUUGCAAGAGCCAGAUACUUCAAUGACAACUGCUGGAUGAGUGUUGACACGCACUUGCUCUAUAUUGUUCAUGGACCCGUAAUGGCAGCUUUAUUGGUCAAUUUUUUCUUUUUGCUCAACAUUGUUCGAGUUUUGGUGACAAAGCUGAGAGAUACCCACCGUGCUGAGUCCAACAUGUAUAUGAAAGCCGUCAGAGCCACUUUAAUCCUGGUGCCCUUGCUAGGAAUUCAGUUUGUUAUUAUUCCUUGGAGACCAGAAAACCGACUCGCUGGAGAAAUAUAUGAUUACAUCAUGCAUAUAUUAAUGCAUUACCAGGGCUUACUCGUGGCAACCAUAUUCUGCUUCUUCAAUGGCGAGGUACAAGGAGCUGUGAAGAGGCAGUGGACACAGUACAAAACCCAGUGGGGCCAAAGGCGCCGCGAGCACUGUUCCACGCGAUCUACCUCCUACACUGCAACGUCGAUCACAGAGGUCCCCGUUUACCUGUACCAUCGUGAUUCCAACAGCGAACAGUUAAAUGGAAGAUACAUGGAGGACUCUGAACUCGUUGCAUUAAAAUCUGGAGAGACAUCUGCCUAG